UUAAAGCCUCCGCAGACCGACCGAGCCCGGCUCCGACCCGCCGGGGCCGCCAUGGGCUCCCUGGGGCGCUGCCUGGCCCGGAGCCUCCCGCGGGGACAGCCGGGCCUGAGUCCCCCCGGGCCCCGCUGCUACGGCUCCGCCCCCGCGGCGCUGCAGGAGAGGACGCUGCUGGUGGCCAAGCCGGACGCGGUGCAGCGGCGGCUGCUCGGGGACAUCAUCCAGCGCUUCGAGCGCCGCGGCUUCAAGCUGGUGGCCAUGAAGCUGCUCCAGGCGGACCGGAGGCUCGUGGAGCAGCACUACGAGCAGCUGCGGCUGAAGCCCUUCUACCCCGCGCUCGUCGCCUACAUGACCUCGGGCCCGGUGGUGGCCAUGGUGUGGGAGGGCUACAACGUGGUGCGGUGCACGCGGGCCAUGGUUGGGGACAGCAGCGCCGUGGGGACAAUCCGCGGGGACCUCAGCGUGCACAUCACCAGGAACGUGGUCCAUGCCAGCGACUCCGCGGAGACGGCCCAGCGGGAGAUCGGCUUCUGGUUCCAGCGGGACGAGCUGGUGGCCUGGGACAGCAGGGACAGGGACAACAUCUACGGGCUCUAGGGUCGGACCCUGGCUGCGGGCACCCCCGUCCCAAUAAACCCCGGUGACCCCA